AAGAUGGCGGCGCCGGCGUUUCCGGUUCCGGGGGGCGCGGGCAGGCCGGGAUCGGGGAAGAUGGCGGCGGCAGGGGAGGCCGGGCGGGGUGGACUGGGGCGGGCGUGGGUCCUCUCCGGCUGGGCGCUGGGCCUGUGCUCGCUGCUGGCCUCGGGGACGCGACCCGCCGCUGCCACCACCCACUGGGUGGUCACGGAGGACGGGAAGAUCCAGCAGCAGGUGGAUUCACCAAUGAACUUGAGGAACCCACACGACUUGGUGAUACUGAUGAGACAAGAAACGACAGUUAACUACCUCAAAGAACUGGAGAAACAGUUAGUUGCCCAAAAGAUUCACAUAGAGGAAAAUGAGGACAGAGACACAGGGCUGGAACAAAGGCAUAAUAAAGAGGAUCCGGACUGCAUUAAAGCCAAGGUGCCCUUGGGGGACCUAGAUCUGUAUGAUGGCACCUACAUCACCUUAGAGAGCAAAGAUAUCCGCCCUGAAGACUACAUAGAUACAAAGUCACCGGUGCCUCCAGACCUGCAGCAGCCAGACUGCACAAAAGUUCUUGAUCUUCCAUACAGUAUUCAUGCUUUUCAGCACUUAAGGGGGGUCCAAGAGAGAGUGAAUCUUUCCGCGCCCUUGCUACCCAAAGAAGAUCCGAUCUUCACGUACUUGUCGCGGAGGCUGGGAAGGAGUAUAGAGGAAAUAGGCCAUCGUAUUUAUGAUGGGCUGAUGAAGAACUCUUCUUCCUGGGUGCUCUAUAACAUGGCUUCUUUUUACUGGAGAAUAAAGAAUGAGCCAUACCAAGUAGUAGAGUGUGCCAUGCGUGCCCUUCAUUUCUCUUCAAGGCAAAACAAAGACAUUGCACUGGUGAAUUUGGCCAACAUCCUGCACCGGGCUCACUUCUCUGCAGAUGCAGCUAUUGUGGUCCAUGCAGCCCUGGAUUACAGCGACUUCUUCACCAGCUAUUACACUUUGGGAAACAUAUAUGCAAUGCUUGGAGAGUACAACCACUCAGUCCUGUGCUAUGAUCAUGCUCUGCAGGCCAAACCAGGGUUUGAGCAAGCUAUCAAAAGGAAGCAUGCUGUCCUGUGCCAGCAGAAGCUCGAGCAGAAACUGGAAGCCCAGCACAGAUCUCUGCAGCGAACACUAAAUGAACUGAAGGAAUAUCAGAAGCAACAUGACCAUUACCUCAGGCAGCAGGAUGUUUUAGACAAGUACAAGCUCAUCCAGGAGGAGCAGAUCUUGAGGAACAUCAUCCACGAGACACAGAUGGCAAAAGAAGCUCAACUAGGGAACCACCAGAUCUGCAGGCUGGGCAGCCAGCAGCAUAGCUUGCACUGCCAGUGGGACCAGCCCGUUCGCUACCACCGUGGAGACAUCUUUGAAAGCGUGGAGUAUGUUCAGUUUGGUGAAGACUCUUCAACUUCCAGCAUGACAUCUUUGAAUUUGGCUCUUCAUGGAAACCAAAGUGACCACAGCCAAUCCUCGCAGUCUUCCCCUGUUGCUCGUUCCAUUGUUUCAGUGUGGAGUGUGGAACCCAACAGAGACAAGCAGCACCUGCUUUGGCCUCGGCGAUCUGAGUGCAUGAAAUCUUACCCCAAAAUCCCUGAUCCAGAAGAACUUCCAACUUACUUCCUGCCUCCAGAAAAUCGAGGAUUCAGAGUCCACCCAAUCCUGAGCAGCCCAAGAGAUCCUGAUGGGCAUGGAGAUACCCAGGCACCAGACUGUUCUUCCAUCACUGAUACUCUUAGCAAUGAAUCUCUCAAUGUGCUGGUGAAGGAACUGGACAGCAAUCUAGGUUUGGAAUUCAAGAUGCCAGAUGAUCAAGCAAGACAAGUUUUGCAUGCUCGUGUCAACAGCCAGGCUGUUACAGAGGAGAAGAUCGCAGCCUUUCUAGACCAUGCCAUGAAGGAGCCAGAAGAUCCUCUCUGGCUUGUGCUGAACGAAGCCGGCCUGUACUGGCGUGCGGUCGGCAACGGCUCCUUGGCCGUCACCUGCUUGCAGAAAGCCUUCAGUUUGGCUCCACAUGAGUACCAGGACAUCCCUCUGGUCAAUCUUGCUAACCUCCUGAUUCACUAUGGUCUCCACUUGGAUGCCUGCAAGCUGCUGCUGAAGGCUUUGGCCAUCAAUGCCUCUGAGCCCCUGACUUUUUUGAGCCUAGGAAAUGCCUACUUGGCCCUGAACAACAUCAGUGGAGCCCUGCAGGCCUUCAGGCAGGCGCUGGAUUUGACAGCCAAGUGCUUGGAGUGUGAGAGCAGCCUGAAGAUGAUUCGCUGUCUGCAGUUCUACCCUUUCCUCUACAACAUCACCUCCUCUGCCUGCAGUGGUCACUGCUAUGAGAAGAACCCAGGUGGCAAUCAUGACAAGGAGAAAUACUUUGAUGAGCACCACGAGCCAGAUCCAGCAGUGCUAGAAGGACACUCAGAGGGAGGUACAGAAGAUCCAGAAGUCCUCCCUCAGGAUUCAGCAAGGGAUCCCUCCUUCUUGAGACUGCAGAAUGCAGUGGCUGCAGAGAGCAACGGCUCAGAAGGAGUGGAGGCCCUGGAAGAUGAUCAGAUGUCUGAGGAGAUGCUGGCUUUGGUGGAUGAGUUUGAGAGCUCUUGGCCUCAGGAAGCUUUUGAAGGGGCACUGGAGGUAAAAGGCCGCCGGAUGGACCUGCAGGGAAUCCGUGUCCUAAAGAAGGGAUCUCAGGAUGGGCUGGCUAGCUCCUGUUUUGGGGACUGUGGUGAUGAUGAUGAUGAAGCUGAAUGGAUCACUUUUCAGGUCAAGCGUUUGAAGAAACCAAAAGCUGAAAGCUUGGAUCUCCAGGAGCCAGCUGGGAGGAAAGGAGAAGCAGAGACUAAUGGAGAAGGUGAAAACUUCUACCACACUGCCCUGGAGAUCAGUGGACCAAAGAUACCUUCUCCUGGACCAAUAGGCACGAGGCGUGACUACCGCAGCCUUGGCUGGCCCAGCCCUGACCAGUGCCUGAAGCUCCGCAGGGUUGAGCUCACCACCGUAGCCAGCACCUGGCUUGCUGUGUCUGCUAAAAACAUUGACAUUACAGAACACAUCGAUUUUGCCACCCAGCUGCAAGAGCCAGCCAUGGAGCCCCUUUGCAACCCAAACCUCCCAGCCAGCAUGCACACUUUGGACCACCUGCAAGGUGUCUCCAGUCGGACCAGCUUGCAUUACACUGGAGAAAGUCAGCUGAAAGAGGUACUACAGAACCUUGGCAAAGAGCAGUACUCACCACAGUCAUUAGAACAAGUUGGGACUCGAAUAGCCAAAGCUUUGGAGAAGAAUCAGACUUCCUGGGUCCUGUCAAGCAUGGCAGCUCUUUACUGGCGGGUGAAAGGCCAAGGCAAGAAGGCGAUCGAUUGCUUGCGGCAGGCCCUGCACUAUGCACCCCAUCACAUGAAGGAUGUGCCACUAAUAAGCCUAGCCAACAUCUUCCACAAUGCAAAGCUCUGGAACGAUGCCAUCAUCGUGGCUACCAUGGCGGUGGAAAUUGCUCCCCACUUCGUGGUCAACCAUUUCACCCUGGCCAACGUCUACGUGGCGAUGGAGGAGUUUGAGAAGGCCAUGAAGUGGUAUGAGUCAACACUCAAACUUCAGCCAGAGUUUGCCCCAGCCAAGAACCGAAUCCGCACCAUCCAGUGUCACCUCCUCCUGAAGAAGGAGCGACGCUCUCCUUAGAGACCAGCUGCUUCCCUCUGCUUUUUGAACACCACCAUCCUUCUGCUCUGCCUUUUAAGUCUCCACAAAGAGAAAUGUGAGGAGUGGACAGCAGUUUUUAACCAGGCUCUAAAAAAAGCCCAAACAAACAAAUAAAAAGGGAGAUGGGAUUUGGAUCAAAGGUUUCUGCUGGUUGGUUGGGUUGGGUUUGUGGU